GUGCGUGGUCUCAACCUGAAGAAAGCGGAGGGGACGAGGUCGGAGGGCUUAUCCUCAACCAAUAUGGGGUCCCAACCCGAAGAAGGCGAAGGCGGGGACGAGGCCGGCGGGGAGACCGCAGCACUUCUCCUCAACCAACAUGGGGUCCCAGGUGUGAAGUCUCAUCCCGGAGAAGGAGGAGGUGUGGAAGCUCAAGCCGAAGAAGACGGAGGCAAGGACGAGGUGUGGAAGCUCAAACAGAAGAAGACGGAGGCAAGGACGAGGCCGGGUGUGGAAGCUCAAGCUGAAGAAGACGUAGACAAGGACGAGGCAAGGACGCGCUCCUCCAUCAUGUCGCAGUCGGGCAUACAGGUGCUCAGUCUCAGCGGGAACAACGUUGGAGGCGGAGACACGGUACUCCGGGAGCAAGGCCAGAGCGCUAUGGGGCUCGGGGUCCGCGGUCCCAGCCCGAAGAAGGCCGCCGGAACGAGGCUGGAACGUUUAUCCUCAACCACUGUGGGAUUCGAGAUCAGCAGCCCAGAAGCCGAAGAAGGCGAAGGCGGGGACGAGGCCGGAUCGCUUAUCCUCAACCAAGAUGGGGUUUCAGGUGCUUGGUCUGAAGCUGAGAAGACGGCGGAGGCCGGCGGGGACGAGGCCGGAGCGCUUAUCAUCAACCAAGAUGGGGUCUCGGGUGCGUGGUCUCAAGCCGAAGACGGCGGAGGCGGGGACGAGGCCGGAGCGCUUAUCAUCAACCAAGAUGGGGUCUCAGGUGCGUGGUCUCAAGCCGAAGAAGGCGAAGGCGGGGACGAGGCCGGAGCGCUUAUCCUCAACCAAGAUGGGGUGUCAGGUGCUUGGUCUGAAGCUGAGAAGACGGCGGAGGUGCGCGGUCUCAACCCGAAGGAAACGAGGGCCUGGUUGUGCAAAGAGCUAUGUGUGUCGACACGCGAAGCUGUUGCCCAAGAGAACUUGCCCAAGAGCGACAAGGCUCGCCGAGACCUGCGCAGUGUCCAACAGGACCCCGCCAUGUUGUCAGAGCAGUCUUUAGGGCGAUACAUCGUCAGCGACGACGUGGAGCUGCCAGAGGAUCGCGUCCAGUACAGCGACGUGAACCUACUUCGACAAGCCCUCCUCGACGCCCGUGAGUUCCUUCGCUCAGGCUAUACGGAAAUCCACUUCCGAGUCUGGAGGCGCGACGAACCGAUGAAGCUUCUCUGCGCACGGAGUGCCAAGCAGCAUGAGGGCACGAUGGAACUCUACCUCACCUACGAGGACGGCGGCGAGGAAGAGGGCCUGCUGCAUCCGGCAGGAACCGGUUGCACCGGACCGUUGUUCGCGUUUGCCAGCAGACGCCAAGACGGCAUUCCAGCUCCUCGACGACGGCUGGGACGUGCUCAUACAAUCGUCUUCUUCAAGAACGAUCUGGUGGAGUGGACGGCGGCUCGCGGCGAGGCAAAAAGGUGCAAGGAGGGCCUGGUGCGUCACAUGCGGCCGCGCUCCUCCAUCAUGUCGCAGUCGGGCAUACAGGUGCUCAGUCUCAGCGGGAACAACGUUGGAGGCGGAGACACGGACGAGUCCCGAAGGCUCGCAUGCCGAGAGAUUCGCCUAUCCUCAACCAAUACGGCGUCGCAGGUACUCCGGGAGCAAGGCCAGAGCGCUAUGGGGCUCGGGGUCCGCGGUCCCAGCCCGAAGAAGGCCGCCGGAACGAGACUGGAACGUUUAUCCUCAACCACUGUGGGAUUCGAGAUCAGCAGCCCAGAAGCCGAAGAAGGCGAAGGCGGGGACGAGGCCGGAGCGCUUAUCCUCAACCAAGAUGGGGUUUCAGGUGCUUGGUCUGAAGCUGAGAAGACGGCGGAGGCCGGCGGGGACGAGGCCGGAGCGCUUAUCAUCAACCAAGAUGGGGUCUCAGGUGCGUGGUCUCAAGCCGAAGACGGCGGAGGCGGGGACGAGGCCGGAGCGCUUAUCAUCAACCAAGAUGGGGUCUCAGGUGCGUGGUCUCAAGCCGAAGAAGGCGAAGGCGGGGACGAGGCCGGAGCGCUUAUCCUCAACCAAGAUGGGGUGUCAGGUGCUUGGUCUGAAGCUGAGAAGACGGCGGAGGUAGGGACGAGGCCGGAGCGCUUAUCCUCAACCAAGAUGGGGUUUCAGGUGCUUGGUCUGAAGCUGAGAAGACGGCGGAGGCGGGGACGAGGCGGGGACGAGGCCGGAGCGCUUAUCCUCAACCAAGAUGGUGUCUCAGGUGCGUGGUCUCAAGCCGAAGACGGCGGAGGCGGGGACGAGGCCGGCGGGGACGAGGCCGGAGCACUUGUCCUCAACCAAUAUGGGGUCUCAGGCGGGGACGAGGCCGGAGCGCUUGUCCUCAACCAAUAUGGUGUCCCAGGUGCAUGCUCCCAAGCACGAGACUUCAACCUCAAGAAGAACGAGGCCGGGAUAGGCGUACACUUCACAAGUCGUCGUGAUGAAGAGAUCGCACAGUCAGCUAUGCACGCAUGUUCCAGACUAGUCGGAUCAUGGACCGGUGGCUUUGAAAGGGAGGCAAGCGAGCCUGUGGCACAGCUGCAACUGGGGCUCAGGCGUGCGAUAGAAACCAGUAGUUCACGACAGCUCGACGCGAUGGAUACACCGGUACUUUUCAGCGCCUUAAACUGCACUUGCCGGACGGCAGCAAAGAAAUGGACACGUCUACCCCACAACCUGAAGCUGGCCAUUUCGCAGUUCACGAGACGCUCGGAUUGGGCACUGAGGCUAGGACACCUAGCGCUGAUCGGUGCACUCUCCAGGUACCCGAUGCUGGCUUCGAGAGCCACAGACGACUUCGACUUUGGCCGGCGACUCCAAUACUUUUCAGUCCAGGAUCUACAAGGGCUUCCGAGAAACACCAAGAAGACCAUCCGUCUCUGCAUCGCGAACCUUCGGGCUUUCGAGAAGAAGAAGAAGCAGAAGGAGAGGACAGAGCUCCGGAAGCAGAAGCAGGAGGAACUCCUGAGACGGAAAUUCGAAGCAACAAAGAUUGUGGUCGAGCGCGCGGCCGCUGAAGAAGACGGAGGCGAGGACAAGGGGUUCCGAGGCGUGGGAUCUCAAGCAGAAGACGGCGGAGGCGAGGACGAGGCCGGAGCACUUAUCCUCAACCAAGAUGGCGGGGACGAGGCCGGAGCGCUUAUCCUCAACCAAUAUGGGCUCCACGAGGUGCGUGGUCUCCACCCGAAGAAGGCGGAGGCGGGGACGAAGCCGAAGAGCUUAUCCUCAACCAAGAUGGGGUUUCAGGUGCUUGAUCUGAAGCUGAGAAGCGGGGACGAAGCCGGAGCACUUAUCCUCAACCUAGAUGGGGUUUCAGGUGCUUGGUCUGAAGCUGAGAAGACGGCGGAGGCGGGGACGAAGCCAGAGCGCUUAUCCUCAACCAAGAUGGGGUUUCAGGUGCUUGGUCUGAAGCUGAGAAGACGGAAGACGGCGGAGGCGGGGACGAGGCCGGAGCACUUGUCCUCAACCAAUAUGGGGUUUCAGGGUGCUUGGUCUGAAGCUGAGAAGACGGCACAGGAAGGCGAAGGCGGGGACGAGGCCGGAGCGCUUAUCCUCAACCAAGAUGGGGUUUCAGGUGCACGGUUUUAA